UCCACAGAAGGCAGUACUUAAACUUGUAAGAUCUCAGAGUGAUGCCAGUUCAAUUGCAUCUGAUGACACAAUAAUAUUGCCUCAUGCAAUGACUCCAGAAAGGACCCAGAGAUGGCCGGAUGUUUGUCCAGUGCCAGCUUUUUCUUAUGAAGUAGAACUCAUACUUGUUGAGGGAAAUUUGAAUCAUGAGAGAACAGGGAAAACCCUGAAGUUAUCAAGGGGACAGAAGCAUGACAUUCUUGAAACCCUUGCAUCCAAAAUGCAUAGCUUUAAAGCAUAUCCCAGUGAUAAAGACAUUUCAGUGGUUGCAGAAGCGCUUGUCACCACCCAUCCUUGUCUUAAAGAACCAGGAACGCAGACAGGAUGGUAUGGUUGGAAAAAUAGUCUGAAGUUUAAGAUGGGUAACUUCUGCACUAAGUUGAGUCGGGCAGGAUAUAGUGAGGUAGCUGUAAAUUCUGGAAAGAGAAGCAGAAACAACCCUGACAAACAAUCUCCCCACACUGACAUAAAGAGACCAAAAAGGGCAGAAGUGAAUUUUCUCCCCAACUUUCCAAAAGGAGAAGAUGGUUCAAGCCUUGAGCGACAGAGACUCCAGAUUGUAGAUGAAGUUAUAAGGACUGACAAAACCUCCCUCUGAUUGCAAAGUUGAUGCAGACCACCUUUUCCCUGCGACGCAAAGAGGUCAUCAAUGAUGACUUGCCUGUUGGAGAGAUCCUGGAGUUUCACAGAAUCACAAACAUCAACCUGAAGAACCACUUCUAUUCUGAGUUAGACAGACAUGUCCCUCGUCUUCAGAGUUUGUUCAGGAAGAAAGCUGCGCGCACAGGGAAGGUGUCCGAAGUCCUGGAUCAGCUCUUCAACACUUAUGACCGCCAGGAACAAGUUGACGUCAAUGUCCUCCGUGCUGCCGUCCUCCGUGCUCUCCCUACAUAUCUGCAUGAGGAUGACUCCGGAUUUCUGAAGCUGUGGGAUCAGGCCCUGUCAGAUGAACUGCAAAUCGACAACAUACCAGUUGGGCUCCUCCUGAUCAGUGCCACUUCAACAGAUGCUGCGGUAUUCUGCCCCGAGAAGGUUGCCGUUGUGCUUGAGGCGCCAAACUUUGAGAAGCCCUUUAAACUUCAGGUGGACGCAAGUGGAGUUGGUGCAGGAGCUGUACUGUUGCAAGAAGGGAAGGGGGCUAUUGAUCAUCCAGUCUGCUUCUUCUCCCGUAAGUUCAAACGUCAUCAGUUCAAUUAUUCAGUUGUGGAGAAGGAGACGUUGGCACUUACUUGGGCUCUAAAAUUUUUUGAAGUGUAUGUAACUUUAGGGUCUGCACCAGUUACUGUAUUCACUGACCAAAACCAUCUGACCUUUCUGUCCAGCAUGCAAAACAGCAAUCAAAGGUUGAGGCGCUGGUUGUUGUUUUUACAGCCCUACAACUUUAAUAUCUGUCACCUCAAGCGUAGGGAUAAUGUAAUGGCAGAUGCUCUUUCUCGGGAAGUAGUUUAAUGUGUACGUACACCCAAGUGUACGUUCUUUAUGGGGGAGGUGUGACGGCCCUGGCCAUGGUGUUUGGCCUGGUACUGCUUGUGUUUUGUAUUUCAGGGUUUGGCGUCAUCUGGUGGUUGGCGGUGGCAUGCCUGCUGGUCGUGGGGAGACUCGCCAGCUGGUCGCGGGGAGACUCGCCCACCUGCCUGCUGAUUGCGGAUGGGCUUCACCUGGGUGGAAGGGCAUACAAACCGGGCUGCCAGAGCUUUCAGGGGGUUCCUCGGGACAGAUUGGACUUAUCUCCCUCUGCUCUUGCAUUUUUUUGGUGGUUCUGAAAUAAACUAAAACCUAAG